GGGCUCUUUGUGGGGCCGCGAGCUCGGUGGAGAGCCGAGAGCUCCGUGUGCUCUGCGGACGCCGCUGGCAGCGGGGCUGUCUCCGGAAGGCGGACCCGCGAACGCCUAGUGCUUGCACUCGGCCGCCGGCCGCGCCUGUCUGCGCCCCUGACACCCUUACUCGGGACGCAGUGACCGUUUUUAAGUCACAAGGGCGUGGGUCAGCCUCCCCUAGGACUUCAUGUCUGUAUAUUUCCCCAUUCACUGCCCUGACUACCUGAGAUCUGCCGAGAUGACUGAGGUGAUGAUGAACACCCCAUCCAUGGAGGAGAUUGGCCUCAACCCCCGAAAGGAUGGCCUUUCCUAUCAGAUCUUCCCCGACCCGUCGGACUUUGACCGCUCUUGCAAAGUGAAGGACCGCCUGCCCUCCAUCGUGGUAGAGCCCACGGAGGGUGAGGUGGAGAGCGGGGAGCUCCGGUGGCCCCCCGAGGAGUUCGUGGUCCAGGAGGACGAACAGGACAACUGUGAAGACACAGAGAAAGACAACAAGGAGCAAUAGAGUCCCCGCCACCUCCCUGGGGGCCAUACCAGACGGCAUCUGUCCCUGAACUGUGUUCUUUCCCAUGGAAGAAGGGAGUGAGCCACAGCAGUUCUGAAAAUGUCAAAUGAUGGCUUCCGUUUUGCACCUGCAAAUCACUGAGUUGGUUUUCUUUUCUUUCCUUUUCUUUUUUUGAGAUGCUGGGCAGUGGAGCCCUCUGCGACAAUUUGCAAGGCCUUCUGAGAAAGGAAGCUGCGUAGAGCAGGGGUGGGGGGGUGGGGUGCGGGGAAGUGGUGCAUCUUUGAGAUUGGUAUCUGAACCCGGAGCAGGCUAGAGGCAGCAGUGGGAUUCCAGUGCGCUCCGGGGUGGGGGGAGGGAUGGGGUAUGUGCACCGCGAGCGAGGAACAUUUGGGGUAAGAGAACAAACAGGAGAGGAAGAGAAAAUACACGUUUGAAAGAAAGCAUCCAGCAGAGGAGUGCAGCCAGGAAGUUCCCCGCCAGCAGCGCUGGGGCAUCAGAAAACAACGUGUUCAUCUCUCUCUCUCUCUCUCUCCAGUUCUGCCCACCACCAGCCUUUGCUUUUAUUUUGGCUGUGUUGGUCUGUUAACGGGAGGCAGAAAAGAAAAGCAGUAGAAACCGGCUGCCUGCAAAGCCGGCCGGAGGUGAGGCGUGGGCAGAAAGGACUCCCGGCUCCUCCUCCACCCUCGCUCCAGCCGUGGAGUGGCCGGCUCACAUACCCGCUGUAAUCUGGAAGUUUCUUAAGAGGCAGCGCUCUUGAGCUUUUCCCUUUUGCGCAGCCCCUCCCCCCCCCCCCCCCCCCCCCCCACUGCCGGCCCAGCCCUUUGGGACUAGAGGGAGCACGUCCCACCCUUGUGGAAGGACCGGGGUGGACUCUUGGACGCGAAGGUCCCUGCCUCCUGCUCCCCCAGGCCUGCUCCGUUCUGAGAGAGGCACAGAGCUGCGGGACCAGGCCGGCCCUCCUUCUCCUUGACACCCACCCCUCCCCAGCCCCUGGGCAUAGCAGUCAGGCAGAGGUGGUUCCCAAUCUCAGCCAGCCUGACCAGCAGAGGUACCCACUCCCAUGUGGGCUCCUGGCCUGUUUUUUUUUUUUUUUUUUUUUUUUUUUUUGGUGGGAGCCGAGUGGAGAGCAGGAGAGGCUCCUUCUGUUUCCUGUUGGGGAGAAGAACUUGAAUGGAGAUUCCAAAUCUGAGACUUAGCCGAUGGGGGUAACAGGGCUCUCUUGCAGCAGUUUGAAACUGGGGUGUCAUGAGAUCCCUGGCUUGUCCUCGUGAUGUUCCGGAUGCCGGUGGGUGGAUGGCACGGUGAUGAUGAUGAGGGAGCAUUAGGCAUUGGCCCUCAUCCCUCCCACCUCUCCCCUGUCCCCUGCAAGGGCACAGUUGUGCGAGAAAGCUAGCCUUGGACUUAGAGCUUCUUAUGGUUAAGAACCAUCUGGAGCAGCAGGCUGCAGGGCACACUCUUCAAACCUCCUGUAGCUCACAGCAUGAGUGUGCAGCCAAGAGGUGAGCUCGAAAUCCUCCUGGAGGCCGAACUGGGCCAGCAGAGGCACCCUGCAGCUCUCCAGUGGGUCUGGGUGGACCGCAGUUUGGGACUUGUAUAUAGAGCUGUAUUUAAUACCUCAAGGCUAGCGUGGUUCCGGGGAGUGGGUGCAAGGGGACGAGGGUGUGCGGUUAACACCUCAGCAGGAUUUGGUUCUGGGAAGCUGACGCCCAGCCCCCAGCCCCCGCCCCCCGCGCCCUGCCCCCUGUGUUGUCUGCUUGUGUCACACACACUGAUGGCAAUAACUUCUUCCAGCUCCUCGGGAAUGGGCGAGGCCUGCAGCCCGCACUGCCAGGGCAUCCCUCAUGCUCCCACUGGUCCUGUUCUGGCUGCAGAGAGUCCUCCCUCCCUCAUCCCGCACCUGCCUCCCUUUGUGGAUGGGGCCUUGCCUUUUAAAAUCCUGUGUUUCUGUGUCCCAUUCAUCUGCUCCUUUCUCUCAUCUGUCCUGGUCUUGCCAUGUGCUAGGAACGUGCUUGUAAACUGCAUAACAAAUCUACUUUGUGUAUAUGUGUGUUUAUGGGGGUGUCUUAUUAUUUUGCUGGUCGCUAGAUGCCUUUGUACGACCAUUUGGAGUCUGAGCAGGCCAGGGGCUGACAACUAAAAUCAGGGCCUGCCGCGGCGAGCCUGUUGGAGGGACCCAGCCACUCUUAGACAAGUGGCUGAGCUCCUAUCUGGCCUCCUGUUGUUUUGUUUUUUGUUUUUUGGGGUUUUUUUUUUUUUUUUUUUUUUUUUUUUUGGUUAAGUAACUUGUGUGUAUUUCUAACUGAUCGUAUUAAAAAAAAAAAAAAAAAACCUAGUAUUUCAGUAAAAAUGCCUGUUGUAAGAUGAACCUCCUGUAACUUCUAUCUGUUCUUUUUUGAGGCUCAGGGAGAAACUAGCAUUUUUUUUUUUUCCAAACUACUUUUUGUCACUGUGACAGUUGUAAAUAAAGUUUGAAAAUGCUUUCCA